AUGCCCGAGCUAUUCAAAGCCUUCAAUUAUCUUAGUCCGUUGAAGUAUGCAACCGCGGCGCUUGCACACUACAGCCUUACAGGGGUAAAGUUCACGUGCAAUGAUUCUCAAAGAAUGCCUAAUGGAGAUUGCAAUAUUUCGACCGGCGAAGAGGUACUGAACCUGUACAAGCUAAAUCAGAAUGGGCCAAUCAACAUAGGUGUGCUUGCUGCGGUCGUCGUGAUCUAUAGAUUGAUUGCUUGGGGCUUACUGCGCCUGGUGAGAACCAGAUGGAAGAGCGUCGUGGAGAAGACACGCAAAUCCCAUAAUUGA